CCCCCCCCCCCUCCCCAAUCCUAGAACUCCCAUUACAACCAUUCCCUUUUAUUGCAUUUCACCCCACUUUGCUUCCCAUCACACUUCAAAAUGGCCGACCUUCUUGGCCUGGGCGCUGUGAGCCAGUUCCCUGAAUCUCUCCAAAAACACUCUGGGUUCGUCGCUGGCGCCAACGACGGCUCCCACGGCCAGAAACUGCUGGCCGAAGAAUCCACAGUCGAGCCCUCCGUCUGGUUCGUCAACUUCGUCAAGAAUCAGCCGCCACAAUCGAAAGACGCUCUCGCGGAACACCUGCAGCAUACCCGCGAGUUCCGCAGCUGGGCGAGUGCCAAUUCCUGGGCGAACGUCUUGCAUCACUCCAAUAUCCCAAUGGAUGACAGCCCCGAGUCCAUUGCCAAGCGCACUUCGUUCUUCGCCGCUUUUACUGCGAAGUUUAUCAAGCAAAGUGAAUGGCAUGCGUUCUACCGAGAUGACAACCGCGAACAUCACCUGAACUGCAAGAGUACAGAGUUGCACGCUGAGAUCGUCAAGCAUGUCCUUAAAGGAUUUGUGCAUGUGCCAGCGGGCGUGCACAAAAGUGUCGAAGGGAUUCUGGAUUCGCUGUCCAACUCUGUGAAGACGGCGGUCUCCGGCUCAUCCGACAAGUUGAUUGUCUGUGAGCGCUUCGAAUACGUUCCCCAGAUGGGUAGCUUUAAAUCAUACAUUCGCCUCAUCUACUUUUCCACAAACAAUGCCCCCGACAUCGUCAGUGCAAAGGAUGAAGAGACUGACAUUUCAUGCAUCAUUAGAUACAACAACUACGAGGCUGAAUUUGCCCAACAGAAAUGGAAGAUGUCCAGUGAGCAUGUCGAUGAUGAAAAUCUCAAGGAUGACGUGAAUAAGUUCCUUGGGGACUGUGAAAUCAACGUCCAUCCUUGAAGGCGUCAGCAGGCAGUCCAUACCUCGAUACUACAGACAAUAGAACUAUACCGGGAGGGCUGAGGAUAUUUAGUAGAGUGAUCUGAUCCCAAUCAACACCAUAUGUAUAGUACACCUAUACAUGGCUUCCAUAUUCCAUCAUAUUGCUGCUCUACGCCUCUAAAUAAAGCUUUGCUCUGAGUACAUAACAGCCUUUUCUUUUCCUCUAUAUCAUCAUUUCCAUUCCUAUCUUCUCAAUGAUGAUACUGUAUACAGCAAGCAAUCUUCGCCUGUCCUAUAAAUAUACAAUCGAACAUUAACACCACAACCAGUCACUUGAUGAAAUUCAAUGCGUUAUUCAGG